AUUAUCGAUCACCACGGCGAAAGCUAUACAUAGGCAUCUGGUAAAAAUACUUGAAUUCUUUGCUUUUUUAUUUCAAAAACGGUUCAAUCUGUGACAAAAUUCAUAAAUCAUAAAAAUUUAAAAUGGACAAUUCCUCAUCGGCACUGGGAAUGGAAAAUCUUAGUGCUGUAAGAUCGAUUAUAGAAGUUGCCUGUCGCCAAGAUGCCCAAUGCGUUACUUCGGCAGUAGAUGUUUUGAAAUCAUCUGAAAAGAUUCCAAACUUCUUUGAGAAUUUAUGUCUGAUCUGGAACGAUCGAAAUGUAGAUAUAGAAAAUAGGCUAAUGGCAAUAAUAUAUCUUAAAAAUGGCAUUGAUCGUUAUUGGAGAGAAGGUGUAAGCAAUGUUAUUCAGGAGCAGUCAAAAAAAGUUAUUAGGAACAUGAUAUUAAAUUUUUCCGAACCAUCAGAACAAAUAGCAGCUCAAUUAUCCGUUCUAAUUGCGAAAAUAGCUCGAUACGAUAUUCCUCUUAGGUGGCCUGAACUAUUUCCAACAUUAAUCCAGAAUAUUCAAAUUCCUGAUCCAUUUCAAAGGAAACGAGCUAUAAUAAUACUUUUACACGUUAUAAAAGCACUAGCGUCAAAAAGGCUCUCAAACGAUAGAAAGGUGUUUGAAGAACUUACAAGAAAUUUAUUUGAAAUAGUACUUAAUGUUUGGCUAAAAAGUGAAAAUGCAGACGAAAUUGUUGUUACAUUAAAAAUUCUAAGGAAACUUAUAGUUUUCGGUUAUCCUAAACCCGAUGAUAAAGUUGGUUGGUUUAUGGAUACUUUAUUAAAUAAAACAAGAUGCAAUGUCCCAAUUUUUAGAGCCGAAGCUGACGGAGAAAAUAAGGAAAAAAUGGGUAAAGUCUGCCUAUGGUAUACUAAAAUAUUAAGAGAUACAAUUGAAGAACAUCCAUUAUUUUUUGGAAAUUUUGUUUUAAGAGCUCUAAAUCUAAUAGCAGAAAUAGCUUUUGGAAAUUUAUCUCCGGAUGAAAAUGAUAUAAAGAUAAGAAUAAAUCUGUUGAAUGUUUUGCAUUCAAUUAUACGUUUACCUGAUUAUAAAUUAAUAAAAACAUCUAAAACUCAUGAUGCAAACGAAGGACUUAAACAAAAAACAAACUUUUUCACUUACUCAACAAUCACUCAGCUUGGUCAGCAUUUAGUUAUGGAUAUGAUGGUUCUAACCGAAGAUAGUCUACAAGCUUGGGAGGAAAUUCCAGAAGAAUACGGCAAUGAGGACCACGCUGGUAUCUGUUACAAAUAUUAUUACUUUGAGAAGUGCGUUGAAAAGCUUUUCCUAUCCGUAAUUAAAGAAUAUUCGGAACAACUCUGCCCUCUGCUGCUUGAACUGCUGAACCAAUACUGCGGUAAUCCUGCAACAUUUUCUCACGACUUGGAAAGCGUACUCAGAAGAGAUGCCGUUUACAAAUCCAUUGGAUUAGCCUCCUAUCAACUAUACGAUGAACUUGAUUUUGAUUCCUGGUUUAAGAACUCCUUAGUAGCCGAAUUGAAUUUCGAUCAACCAUUCUCCUUUAUUCUUAGAAGAAGAAUAGUCUGGAUGAUCGCCAGAUGGCUUGGAGUGAAAUUUACAUUAAAAAAGGAUUUUUACAGAAUUAUAAGUAUCCUUUUGGGAGAAAAAGAUACUGUUGUAAAAUUAGAAACUGUCUCAGCUCUUCGUCUAGCUCUGGAUGAUUUUCAUUUGGAAUCCGAAGAUCUAGUUCCAUAUCUUGAAGAUAUAUUCCGUAAGCUAUAUGACAUUUUACUAUCUGUUGAAGAGGUUGAAUCAAAGAUUUUGGUUUUAAAUGUAAUAUCAUUUUCAAUGGAAAGAUGCGGAAGGAGUAUUAUACCUUUGACUAGUAAAUUAAUGGACUAUCUACCUAAUUUGUGGACGGCGGCUGAAAAAGAGCACACUUUAAAAUCUUCAAUUGUCACCGCUACGAAAUUGCUACUUGAAAAUUUACAAGAAAAGAAUUGUUCUCUUCUACAUUUUGUUUUACCGGUCAUUGAUAAUUGUACAGAUUUAGAUAAUCCCGAUACUAUUUAUUUAUUAGAAGAUGGUCUAGAGCUUUGGUUAGCCCAUCUUCAAAACGUCGAAGCUAUUUCCGAUGAGACCCUAUCACUUCUAGGGCGUAUAGUUAAAAUAAUGGAAAGUUCUACUGAGAAUGUACGGUGUUGUUUGAAAAUAUUUGAAAGUUGUGUUAUGGCAUCACCGAAUAAAGUUUACGAUGUGUUUGGUCAGAUGUUUGAUGACUGUUUCUCAAUGAUGAUGUCUGAAUUGAAAAACGAAGGGAUUGUACUCAUUCUAAGAACAGUUGAACUUUCAAUCCAACUUAUACCGCCGUCAACCUUUAAGAAAGUCUAUGAAAAUACAGUCUCAUAUCUAGUUCAGCCAUCAGAACCAUUAGAUGAAAACCCCGUAAUGACAUCCUUUCAACUAUCCAUCUUAGCAAGGCUUAUUUUAAAAAAUAUAUCAUCUCUAAACGAAUUGUGCUCAGAAAGUGGUCCCUAUAUUAUUAAACUAUUCAUACAGCAUAACGACUGCGUUAAUCACAUUGAUAAGAAAAAAUUAAGCACUUUGGCAGUUCUAACACUUCUUAAGUCGCCUUACAGACCAGUUCUAUUAGAGAUUUUCCCCGAAGUUGUUGACUUCUUGGUACAAAAUGCAGUCUGUAUUGUAAAGAAUGAUAAUACUUCGGACGCCUUAAAUUGGUCAAUAACACCAGAAAGUAAUUGGCACGAACGUCGGAAGAUGGAACUAAGUCAAAAAGACCCGGCACAAAACUUUGAUGUGAUUGUUUGUAUUAAACAAAUUAUCGAAGAACUCAAUAGAGAAGCAGGCCAAGAAAUAUGGACAAAUGUCAAUAGUGAAGUUCUAGAUCAAUUAAGAGAAUUGUUAAAUAGGGUAAAUAAUAAUCGUUUAAUGCAGAUGGCGCUUCUAGUAAAAGUAAAAAAAAUUUCAAAUUAUAAGCAUAUUGGAAUAAAAAUUAGAUUUUCUCACUUUGAAUGGAGAAAUAAUCCAAUUGUAAGAAAAUCUAGGAAAAAGGAUAAGAAUUAUUCCGAUUUGGAAAAGACUGAAUUAGUUAAAGGUGUAAAAGACAACUUCGAUAUCUUGGAAAAUGGAACAGCUAAAACUUACCCGAAAAUCCAUCAAUUACAAGCUGCCAUUUGGAUGGAUAUUGUAGAGAGGAUGCGAAAAAAAAGUGGAAUACAUAGAGAAAUUAAAGAUGUUGAGUUUCUUUUCUUUUCUUUAUUAAGGAAAAAAUAG